GCCCGGUACAUGACACGUGUUCACGGGCAACAACAACAACUCCUUCUACAAGAAACCACAAAUUCAACUUCACUACUACGUCCAGUUCAGAACCAGAAACUUAACAAUGGCGACAACGACUGUUGACUCGGACGUGACUCGGAUAAUGCUGGGAGUGAACGAGUCAAGCAUCAAAGGAUAUCCACACGCUUCAAUCAGUAGCAAAUCGGCCUUCGAAUGGACUCUCAACAAGAUCAUUCGCAACAAUACCGCUGGAUUCAAGCUCCUUUUUCUCCAUGUUCAAGUUCCUGAUGAAGACGGAUUUGAUGAAGUUGAUAGUAUAUACGCCUCACCUGAAGAUUUUAAAGACGCCAAUCGUAGGGACAAGAUUAGAGGAUCUCAUCUGCUGGAAUUCUUUGUGAAGAGAUGUCAUGAAAUAGGGGUUGCAUGUGAAGCAUGGAUUAAGAAGGGGGAUCCCAAAGAAGUAAUCUGCCAUGAGGUUAAAAGAGUCCAGCCAGAUCUCCUUGUUGUCGGAAACAGGGGUCUUGGUCCUUUCCAGAGGGUAUUUGUAGGAACUGUGAGCGAGUUUUGUGUGAGGCAUUGUGAAUGCCCGGUCGUAACAAUCAAACGCAGCGUGGACGAGACUCCCCAGGACCCUGUAGACGACUGAGGAAUACACUCGCUGAAGACUAUAUUGCUGUAAAAUUUUAGAGUUUGCUUUAUGUUUUUACGUGCGACUGUGGUCUUUGUGGAGGAUAAUGUGAGUUUGUUUUCAAUGAUGACUCAUCUGUUAAAACUAUUACCAGCCUACAAAUGACGAUUAAGACAAUAACU